GUCUCUUUUUGGCCGCGGACAUCUUCGCCAUCGCCAGCAUCGCCAACCCCGACUGGAUCAACACCGGGGAGUCCGCCGGAUGGGGGAGACAUGAGUGUGUCUGUAGGCAGUAAGAAAUGAACCAGUAAAAAAGGAGAGAUAAAUGAAAGAAUGGAAAUGACAAAGGAAGCAAUCUGUUGGAGAUGAGAUGGAAUGGGAUCACUUGAGAGCACUCACUGUGGGCCUUGUACGGCAGUGUCAAACGAUCCAUGGACGUGACAGGACAUGUAUUCCUCCCCGGCUUCCCCCUGAAUGGGUUACCACGUUGUUUUUCAUCAUCAUGGGAAUCAUUUCAUUGACUGUCACAUGUGGCUUGCUGGUGGCUUCCCAUUGGCGAAGAGAAGCUACAAAAUAUGCUCGUUGGAUAGCAUUCACUGGAAUGAUCCUUUUCUGUAUGGCUGCCCUAAUAUUUCCAAUAGGAUUUUACAUCAAUGAAGUUGGAGGUCAACCUUAUAAACUGCCCAACAAUACAGUAGUUGGGUCUUCAUAUGUACUAUUUGUCUUAUCAAUUUUCUUUACAAUAGUGGGACUUCUAUUUGCUGGCAAAGUUUGUUUACCUGGCUGAUGAAUGUCUAAACUGCUUGACUUCUUUUGUGGGAAAGAUGGCGGGUGGGGAGAACAAAGGCAAGGCAUCUGAGCAGUCCUGUUCUCAUGCUUAGAUGAAGCUAUCUGUUACUGAAAAGAGAAAUGUGUUGACUCGUUCUCACUAUGCACUUUGGAUUAAAAUGGAGAGCCUUUUCCAUAACCAAAUACAGACAACAUUGACUAAAUCUCCUGAGCAUAUUCAGGCAGUCAGGUCUGCACUGUGAUAGCAACCUAGUGAAGAAGAAUGCUUUAUACUGAAAAGCAUAUGGCCCUAAGUGACUGUACCGUUCCGUUUUUGUCUGAUUCAUUUUUUUUAAGUAUUUAUGAACUAAUGGUGGACCAGAUGGUUGCAAGAAAAGUUCAAGUGGGGCUGGCCUCACUUCCUAAGAUAUUAGUGUACAAAACUCCCUUGUGAUAGGAUAAGCCUUUGGCCCCCAAAUAAAUUGCUGUUGCAUUACUGCACCAAGAAGCCAAUAGAUCAAAAUGUGUUUGCUAAAAUAUGUGUUGAAAAAAACAAACCCUUAAAUUCCCUGGUCUCUGUGUUUUAAAAA